AUGCCGAGGAGGAUGGGUUUUGACCCAAGGUGGAUCCAUUGGAUACGAGGUUGUCUUGAAUCUGCCUCUGUAUCUGUACUUGUGAACGGAAGCCCAUGUGGUGAGUUUCGGAUGGAGAAGGGUCUUCGCCAAGGUGACCCCCUCGCACCUUUUCUCUUCUUAAUUGUUGCAGAAGGAUUAAAUGGGCUAUUUCUCGAUGUCGUCUCCCUUGGUAAAUUUGUUGGCUAUAAAGUUGGGGGAAACGAUGAUUGCACUGUAUCUCUCUUGCAAUUCGCUGAUGAUAUGGUUUUUGUUGGAGUGGCGACAAUCCAAAAUAUGAUGGUUGAUGUCACUACCCUUCAUUUACUUGGGGGUUCCAAUCGGGGGCUGCCCAAGUCGUAA